UUCUCUCGCAACACUUGGGCAUGAACCAUGGCAGAUGUAUCCGUUCUCAACACCAUCGGCCAUGACUUGGUGCAGUCAAUGGUCUGCGUUUCUGUCGAGACGUUCCUCGUCGCUGUAUAUGCCGUGCUUGUCCUCAAAGCGAUGUCUCUGCUCUGCCGUAAAGGCCGUUCUAGUAUCCCACUCUUUACACUGGCACUGCUUAUUCUCAUGUUCAUCUUCGCGCUGAUACUUUGGAUCAUCGACCUCGUGAAUGUUGUUGCGGAGACGCGCAUAACUCUCGUGGAUCAUCCCGAGCUGUCCAUGGACAUCAAGUAUCAAACUGCCACGGAAUUCAUCUUUCGCAGAUCGGCGGUUCAGCUGGCAUUGUUCUCUUACAUGUCCAUCAUGAGCGAUUCUCUCUUGAUUUGGGGUGUCUAUGCAUUUUGGGUGAAAGGCAGGGAGAGACUUGUCUUACUCAUCCCCGCUGCCACUAUCUUGGCUUCGAUAAUUUCCUCGAUCAUGCUGUCGUAUUGCGUUGCAAGACUAGGGUCUGAAAUAGAGCUCGGAACCUUCCAGAAGCCACACUUCUGCCGGAAUAUUCAAACGACUUCAUACUGUACGGCCGUGGCCACAACGGCGGUAGGAACUCUUCUCAUCGUGCUGAAGAACUGGCGGUAUCGCCGGAGUAUCAAGCCAAUACUAUCCGGUAACGCUCUUCAAAGCUCGACGCAAGCAGAGCGUGUGCUGGGUAUACUUGCUGGGACGGGAACGCUAUACCUUUUCUUCUUCAUUGCACAAAUGAUACUGAGCAUAACAGCCGUCAACGAAAGAGUCUUCGCUAGGGCUGACUUGCGAUUUGCAGCAGUCAUGUUCGACGACAUGACUAGCGUUAUUGUGGGAAUCUAUCCGACAAUUAUCGUCAUCCUAAUAUACUCCCAGAACACACUUCUGGAACCAACAGCCCAAAGUCAAGUGCCACAAUUUGGCAGAGAUCACACGGUCACUUUCGAGCGACAAGUGACCGUAGCCGAGUCGACCGAUCCUUAUUUUCGAUGGAAAACGCAAAGACGGUCGAGAAAGAAUGUAAACAUUGAACUUCCGGAGCUGAAUAGUCCUUCUGCCUAUUUUCUUCCUAGUAGUCCCGAACGGCCAGAGGUAAAUGAGCCGGGAGGCCAGGUGUCCAAGGCGGAUUCUACCAUCUCAAGUGUUGGAGUAUGA